AUGGGGUCCUUCCUCGGUCACACGUGCGCCGGAACGGUCAUUCUCAUUUUCGCUUCUUGGAACCUUCUCUGCGCCAUUCGCGCUUACCUCGCCGCGCCGCACGCGUACGUGGCGCGCGCAUGGCAUCCGGUGCCGAUUCGCGGACACUGGGUGCGGCUCGUGGUGUACGUACUCGUCUGUGGGGCGUUCGCGCAGCUCAUGGAAGGGCUGCUGCUGGGACUUCUGUCCGCGUUUGAGCAUAGAUUUGAAGUCAUUCAAUUCGAGCACGCCUUGCUCUUUGCUGUCUUCGUUACUAUAGGACUCAUCUUCUAUGUCCAUGACACAACCAGCCUCCUGCCUCUCCCACCAGGCUCCCUGCACAUCCUCUACGCCAUCGGAUUUUUCAGCGAGGCCAUUCUCACCACCUUCCACUCCAUCUCCCACAAGGGCCUCGAGCCCCGCUUCCACCUCUUCCAAGCACUCGCUGGCCUCAUCUGCUUCCUGCUCGCGCUCCUCGUCGCCGCCUUCCCCUCCUGCUUCCUCCUCGAUGCAAUGUUCCUCUCGGGGUUUCUUUUCCAAGGCCUCUGGCUCUGGACCAUGUCUCUGUUCCUCUAUGGAGUGCUCCACUUACCAGGCUGUCGCAAUGUUGAUUAUAAGAUGGUUAAGUGUGAGACGGAAGCGGAGGAGCAUCUGGGCGUUGCGCUCGCAGGUAUUCUUUUUAUUGCCGUGCUCGUCUUUACCAUGCUCCUCGCCCUUGCUCUCUAUGCCAGGGCUGCUCGGAACGCCCCCCGUUCGUCCAUAGAUUACAUCCUUGCAUUAUCUCCUAACCUCAAGGCAUCUCAGAAGGAAGCUGCUUCGGGGAACAUUGAGGGUGGGAUUGAUGUUAACGGGGAAAAAAAUGUGCUGGGUGAAGGAACAGCAGCAGUUGCAGCAACAGCAGGUCCUAAGGUGCCCCUGACUCAUGCUGUCGUCAACUUGGAGAAUGAAAGUGCCGCAUUGCUAGGUGGCCAAGUUGAGAUGUGA